GAUGUUUGCAUUUCUGCAGGCGUGUACAUCAUCAACCUUAAGAAGACCUGGGAGAAACUGCUCUUGGCUGCUCGUGCCAUUGUUGCCAUCGAGAAUCCAGCUGAUGUUUGCGUUAUCUCCUCCAGAAAUACUGGCCAGAGAGCUGUGCUCAAGUUUGCCUCUGCCUCUGGCGCCACCACCUUCGCUGGUCGUUUCACUCCUGGAACCUUCACCAAUCAGAUUCAGGCUGCUUUCAGGGAGCCUCGCCUCCUGAUCGUGACAGAUCCUCGCGCUGACCACCAGCCGCUGACCGAAGCCUCUUACGUCAACAUCCCAACCAUUGCUCUCUGCAACACAGACUCCCCUCUGAGAUACGUCGACAUUGCCAUCCCAUGCAACAACAAGGGUCCCCACUCUGUGGGUUUGAUGUGGUGGAUGUUGGCUAGAGAGGUGCUGAGGAUGAGGGGCACCAUCUCCAGGGAGCACCCAUGGGAGGUCAUGCCCGAUCUGUACUUCUACAGAGAUCCUGAGGAGAUUGAGAAGGAAGAGCAGGCUGCAGCUGAGAAGGCUGUUGGUAAAGAGGAGUUCCAGGGUGAAUGGACCGCUCCUGUGCCCGACUUCAACCAGCCUGAGGUUGCUGACUGGUCUGAAGGUGUUCAGGUUCCUUCUGUGCCCAUCCAGCAGUUCCCAGCUGGCGUUGAGGCUCCUGCCAAAGCUGCACCAGCUGAGGUGUUUGCAGAGGACUGGAGUGCUCAGGAUUUGUGA